AUGUGGUUCCUCUCUAUAGAAGCUCUUGUUGCGUUGUUGGCGCUACUGGGUGGAGCAGUGUACUACGUCAUACGAAAGCAAUCCUAUUGGAAAGAUCGUAAUGUGCCUCAUCCAAGUCCGGCGUUUUUCUUCGGCAGCUUUAAAGACGCUGGAUCGAAGAUGCAUUUCUCGGAAUAUCUGGAAAACUAUUACAACAUCUACAAGGGUAAACAUCCGUUUAUGGGUGUAUACAUGUUGAUAUCGCCAGUUGUGUUACCCAUGGAUCUGGACCUCAUAAAAUCGAUCUUUGUCCGGGACUUCCAGUACUUCCACGAUCGUGGCUUGUAUUACAACGAGAAGCACGAUCCACUGACGACUCAUCUGUUCAAUUUGGAGGGUCAAAAAUGGAAGAAUCUUCGCAACAAGCUGACGCCCACAUUCACGUCCGGCAAGAUGAAGAUGAUGUUUCCUACGGUAGUGGCAGCCGGUAAACAGCUGAAGGAUUUCAUGGACAAAAACGUCGAGAAAAACAGUGAACUCGAGAUGAAGGACAUUAUGGCCCGGUUUACGACGGAUGUAAUCGGGACGUGUGCGUUCGGUAUCGAGUGUAACAGUAUGCGUGAUCCGAAUUCGGAGUUCCGAGCGAUGGGAAAACUUUUUACAGAACGUCAACCAUCGCAUCUCACAAACAUAAUGAUUCAGUUUUCGCAUAAGUUAAGCCGUGUGUUAGGCAUCAGGCAAAUUGAUAAGGAAGUCUCGACAUUCUUCCUUAAAGUGGUCAAGGACACUAUCGACUAUCGUGUAAAGAACGGUAUAAUGCGUAAUGACUUUAUGGACCUGAUGAUUCGCAUGUUCAACAAUACGGAAAAUCCCGAGGAAUCGCUCACAUUCAACGAGGUAGCAGCACAAGCAUUUGUAUUCUUCUUCGCCGGCUUUGAAACGUCCUCUACUCUGUUGACCUGGACAUUGUACGAGCUGGCUUUGAAUCCCGACAUCCAGGAGAAGGGUCGUCAAUGUGUGAAAGAGAUCCUGGAGAAACACAACGGGGAGAUGACGUACGAGGCUAUCCUGGACAUGAAAUACUUGGAUCAAAUCUUGAAGGAAACUCUGCGUAAGUAUCCGCCACUUCCUAUACACAUUCGGGUGGCUGCACAGGAUUAUCGCGUACCGAACACAGAUUCCGUCAUCGAAGCUGGCACCUUGCUAUUGAUUCCCAUCUUCGCCAUCCAACGUGAUCCGGAUAUAUUUCCCGAGCCGGAAAAGUUCGACCCGGAGCGGUUCAGCCCAGAAGAAGAGGCGAAACGUCACCCGUUUGCUUGGACACCGUUUGGUGAGGGCCCUAGGGUAUGCAUUGGAUUGCGAUUUGGCAUGAUGCAGGCCCGGAUCGGUUUGGCAUAUCUACUACAGGGUUUUAACUUUGCCCCGUACGAAAAAACUUCUGUCCCGAUGAAGUUUGUUUCAAAUAACAUUUUAUUAUCGCCUAAGGAUGGUUUGUGGUUGAAGGUGAACAAGCUGUGA